AUGGAGCGCGGAGUCAGACGAGUCCAUCUUUCAACUAAAGCUACCCGCGUGGAAUCCCACCUGACGUGGGCUGCUGUCGGCGGUAUCCAGCGUAUACGACUAGCUCGGGUUUGUCGCGCCAUUGUUGUUGUCGAGAAAGGUCCUCCUUCAACAACUUUGUCGAGAAACGACAGAGUGGGAUCAACCCUUAGACCAUCAGGACCGGACGGAUUGAGAGCAAUAGUUACCAGUCUCAGUAAGCUAGGUGAGAUACGGAUUCCGCGCCGACUCAGCCGGAGCAAUCAAGCGACGAAGGGCGAACUGCACCUAUUCGAAGCGUCUGAAACGGGAUACGGAGCAGAAGUCUACGUAUGUUGGCAGCAUGUAAACGGUGAGCACAAGACAGAAUUAAGUUUUGCCAAAGCCCGGGUCGCUCCAUUAAAAUGCGUUUUGAUACCCCACCUCGAAUUGACCGCGGCCGUGCUAGCGGUGCGUAUAGUCAAGGAGUUGCGACAAUGCUUUCGUACUUUCGAAGAACGCGUCAAUUUCCGGGCCGACUCCACCAUUGUAAAACACUAUGUGAACGAUGUCAACACUAGGUUCAGCACCUUUGUUUGA